AUGUCGGAACACCAAGACACCACCACCUCGCCCUCCACGGCCCCCGCGCCUCUCCCCGCUACCACGGCGCAAGAGCAACCGCCUGCAGUCCAGACUGUCGCCCAACCGACCUCGUCAGCUGCCUCGACGGCCUCUGUGACGGCCACCGCCGCUGCCGCCACCGCCGCCGUCGCCAGUCCCCCGAUCAGCAACGGCAACGCCUCUCGCCCUCCCGAGGAAUUGUCGUGUCUCUGGCAAGGAUGCUCCGAAAAGUGCCCAACCCCAGAAGCCCUCUAUGUGAGUCCUUCACCUUUCGUGUCCAUCUCAACGUCGCUAACCCCGUCCAGGAACACGUCUGCGAACGCCAUGUCGGUCGCAAGAGCACCAACAACCUCAACUUUGACGUGCCAAUGGGGCAGCUGUCGCACCACCACCGUCAAGCGGGAUCACAUCACUUCUCACAUUCGGGUGCAUGUCCCUCUCAAGCCACACAAGUGUGAUUUCUGCGGCAAGGCCUUCAAGCGUCCCCAGGACCUCAAGAAACAUGUCAAGACCCACGCCGAUGACUCCGUCUUGGUCCGGUCGCCCGAGCCUGGUGCUCGGAAUCCGGACAUGAUGUUUGGCGGCGGUCCCGCCAAGGGUUAUGCGGCCGCGGCCACCCACUACUUUGAGCCUACCCUAAACCCCGUCCCGAGUCAGGGCUAUGCCCAUGGCGCUCCGCAGUAUUAUCAGUCUCACCCACCCCCGCAGCCGUCCGGCCCCUCGUAUGGAAACGUCUAUUACACUCUGAGCCAAGCCCCCGAGACGGGUCAUGCCUCGUAUGAGCACAAAAAGCGUGGAUACGAUGCCCUGAACGAGUUCUUCGGCGAUCUGAAGCGCCGCCAGUUUGAUCCCAACUCGUAUGCUGCCAUCGGCCAGCGGUUGCUGGGACUCCAAAACUUGUCGCUUCCCAUCUUGGCCGGUAGUCCGUUGCCCGAGUACCAGGUGAUGCCUGCUCCGGUUCCAGUUGCAGCGGGUGGUUACGGCCCCGGUGGUCAUCCCGCCCCCGCGUAUCAUCUCCCGCCCAUGAGCAAUGUCCGCACGAAGAAUGAUCUGAUCAACAUCGAUCAGAUCCUCCAGCAGAUGCAGGAGACCAUCUACGAGAGUGAUGACCAUGUCGCUGCGGCGGGCGUGGCUCAACCCGGCGCCCACUAUGUCCACGGUGGCAUGAGCUACCGCACCACCAACUCGCCGCCAACCCAACUGCCUCCGACCCAUGCCACGGCCCCGGCCACCACGUCGGCGGCUCCCGUCAUGACAGCCGCCACGGCACACUCUCCCUCCACUGGCACUCCCGCCCUCACUCCCCCCUCCAGCGCGCAGUCGUAUACGUCGGGUCGCUCCCCGAUCUCUCUUCCGUCGGCUGCCCGAGUCUCGCCGCCUCACCAUGAUGGUGGCUCAACCAUGUACCCACGCCUCCCAUCGGCCACGAUGGCGGACAGUAUCACUGCCAGCUAUCCCACGGCGUCCAGUGCUGCUCCUCCUUCUACGUUGGGCGGCAUCUAUGACCACGAGGACCGCCGCCGGUACACCGGUGGCACGCUGCAGCGCGCCCGUCCGGAGGAGCGUCGUCUCUCCGAUGCUAUGGACCUGUCUCAGGACACCAAAGGUGACGGCGACCGGACACCUACCGCCAAGUCGCGGGACAAUUCUUCGUCUUCGUCUCCGGGUCGCAUCUCGGCCAGCCUCAUUGAUCCGGCUCUCUCGGGCUCGCCGAGCGAGACGGAGGCGACCAUGCGGACCGCGCAAGCAGCGGCGGAAGUGGCCGAGCGAUCGGACGUCCAGUGGGUGGAGAAAGUACGCCUCAUCGAGUACCUGCGCAAUUACAUUGCCUCUCGUCUGGAACGGGGCGAGUACGAGGGCGAUUCGGAUCGUCAGAGUGAGCCACGCUCGCGGGCGGCGAGUCCCGAUGGACACAUGGAAGGCGUGGAGAGUGAGGCUCGUCCGGCUGCAGAGGAGAAGGCGCCGGUCAAGACAGAAAGCGGUGGGGACGCCGUGAUGUAUCCGACGCUCCGGGGGCUGGAGGACGACGGAGAUUCCAAGAUGCCCACCCUUACACCAUACGAUGACCUAGGGUACAUGACGACUGACUUCAAUAUCAAUCGAAAACCGGACGUCUACGCUCCCUGCCCCUCGGACGCGUCAGGCGGUUUCUUUUGCACAAAUUUCAGACGACCCCGGCCUGUCAGAUUUCCGUCAUUGGGACUGAUUGUCAAAUAUGGGGGCGACAUUACAGUCACAGAGGCGAAAACCCAAAUCAUGCUCUACACGCAGUUGAAAGGCAAGGUACCCAUUCCUGAGGUGUUUGGGUGGACCGAAGACGGUGGCCAGAUAUUUAUCUACAUGGCUUUGAUAGACGGCGAAACCCUGGAGCAGAGAUGGGCCGCUCUGAAUGAGGAGGAGAGAGUGGCUGUGUGUAGACAGCUCAACGGGAUGGUCAAAGCCUGGAGAGCGCUAGAAAAGCGUGAUCAAACCCUUUACGUUGGGGGCCUCGAUAACCAACCGCUAAACGACAUCUUUCUCUACGAUCACCGGGACCUAGCCGGCCCAUUCCACGGCGCAGACGCCGUCCGGCAGUUCCAGAUGGGCUGCGACAUCGACAUCGAUAGGCCGGUGUCUGUGGCCUUUACGCAUACCGAUUUGGUGCCCUCGAACAUCCUCUUAUCGCCCGAGUCCAAUCCUGACGUUGCGGCUGUCAUUGACUGGGGGCAGGCAGGGUGGUAUCCUGGUUAUUGGGAGUAUUGCAAGGCGCGGCGCGUCAGGCCUAAUCCGGAGUAUUUUGAUGAUGAGCUGGAUGAAGAGUGGAAUUUGAAGUACCUGCCGCUUAUUCUGGAGCCAGUUGAUGAGGAGACGGUGUAUUAUCCUUGGUUGUGGUUUGUCUUGUCCAAGGGUAUAUAG